ACUUAUUCGCAAGGGCCGUCUAGAUAUAGUGAUUAUAUAUCUAUCUAACAACCAAAAUAGUGAAAUGACUAAUGGGCUUGCGCCCAAAGAUCUCUCCAGUAACAGAAAUGUGUGACUGACCCUAAUAACCACGCCAUUUGCUGGAUUUUGAAGUACUCACUCCCUCUCGCCAUUUUCCCCGGUAUCUCGAUUUUCUGGUGUUCGUAUUCCGAGUUUGGAGCAAGUAAAUCUACAUUUUCUUUUGGCGGUUUGCUGCUCCAUUUCUGUUUCUUAUAAGCUUUUUCUCAUUUCCCUUCUCAAACUCCAUUCUCCCAAGCAAUAUCACACAUUUCCAAAGAGAGAAGAGAGAGAGAGAGACCAAAUACUUGGAAAAAUGGCUUCUACCUCCACAAUGUCAUUGGUCACACCGCUUAACCAGACCCGCUCAUCGACUUUCUUCAACCCAUUACCUCUGAAACCAUCCAAGGCCAUGGCUGCACCUAAAGGCAGAACACAGAGGCUCCAAGUUAGAGCUUCAAAGCUCAAGUUCGACAAGGCUUUAACUGGACUCUCAGCGGCUGCCCUCACUGCCUCGAUGGUGAUCCCGGAGGUUGCUGAAGCCGCCGGUCCCGGAAUCUCUCCUUCUCUCAAGAAUUUCUUGCUCAGUAUUGCUUCCGGUGGCGUCGUUCUCACUGUCAUCAUUGGUGCCGUCGUCGGUGUCUCCAACUUUGACCCUGUCAAGAGAACCUAAGUAGCUAAUAUAUGUUUUAUCUUUCUUACACCAUUGUUGUAAUGUGUGUCCUGUGUAUUUGUUUAAUGCAUGUUCCAGUAAUGAAACUUUGGUGUGUACUCUCUGCUCACAAGUAAAAAAAAAAACUCCUUGUUUCCUGAA